AUCAGUUAACUUUUGCACAAGAUCCAUCGGAAACGUACAAAAUGUACCGCUUAGCGCUUCUAUUAUCUCUAUCGGCUUGCUUCAUAACAGCAAAUAGUGCCGAACCACGAGCAGCCAUAGCUCAUUUACAAUCGGAAAACAUAUCCGGAUCCAUAAAAUUUGAGGAAACUGACAAUGGUGUUCGUGUCUUUGGUUCAAUCAAGGGUCUGGCAGCUGGCAAAUAUGGCUUCCAUAUUCAUGAGCUUGGACAUGUGAGUAGCUGCGCCGCCGCUGGCGCCCACUUCAACCCUGAAAGCAGAAACCAUGGAGCCCCUGACAAUGGCGAGCGACAUGUUGGUGAUCUAGGCAACAUACAGUUCAAAAAAGACGGCACAGCAGAUAUUGAUAUUGUUGAUACAGUGAUAACACUACGUGGUGCUACUAAUGUUAUUGGAAGGACGCUGAUGCUGCAUGAGGGUGAAGAUGACUUGGGACUUGGAGGCGAUGAAACUUCACUAACAACAGGCAACGCUGGUGGUCGUGUUGCAUGCGGUGUCAUUGGGGUUGAUGCUCCUUUAGAUGCUUGGUUAGUGUAAAUAACAAUUCAGUAUUAAAGUUGAAGAAGUCUAUUUUUGCAAUGUAAAUAUAAUAUUAUAUUAAACCGUCA